AUGACAACAGAAAAAGGUAUAGAGAAAUCGGGAUAUCUGGAAGUGAAGCAACCAUCUUCAACGAAAGGCAGAAAGCUGAAAUCAUGGAAGAAAAAAUGGGUCGUGGUUCAUCAGAUGAGUGAUUUAGCCAAUGGAAAAUACAAUGCUAAAAUUGAUAUAUACUCUGAUGCAAAUUCAGCUAAAAAAUCACCCACUGAUAAAAUGACAUUUGUAUUAGAGAAUAUAACAGCAGUUCAAUUAUCCAAAUCUAAAACUCAUCCAAAUGCUUUUGAAGUUGUUGAAACAGAACCUGUUUUAGUAUUUAGUGCUGCUUCAGAACAAGAAACUGCUACCUGGAUGUCAAUUUAUAGGCGAAUCUUUCAACAUGAUGAGUUGGGAGAGUUCGAUAUAUUUGGAGUGAAUAUCAUAUCUAAUGCACAUGCUAAAAGAUUAAAUCUGGAAGGAAGAGUUUUACUUAGUAUUAGUUCAGCUACAGUAGGAGUUUUAACACCCGAUUAUAAACAAGUGGUGCAGUGGAAAUUAUCCACAAUAAAACGAUUUUAUACUGAAGACGAUUCAAGAGACCAAACUCAAAAACUAUUCAUUAUAGAAACAGGCCCAAGUUCGGCAAGUGGAGAGGGAACUUGUCGUUUUUCGACACCAGAAUGGGAUCUGAUUUUGAGCACAAUUAGAAAGAAUAUCAACUCUGCUAUUUCUGAAAGACAACACCUUAAACUGGCAGAGCAAGUUAGAGAGAGGAGCAGUUCGACAUCCACAACUACAAGCGAAUACCACUUUACUAAUCUAUUAGCUAAUUCUGAUGUUCCAUCGGGAUCAUGUUCAGAUCGGAGUAAUUCUGUCAAUUCUUUAGGAAGCUCAGUUUUUACAAAUGGUUCUAACCCAGACUGUAGUGCAACGCCACCUCUAUCCCCAGUGUCGACUUCAGGUCGUAAACUAGAGGUGCCACCGAUAACCUCCACACCAAAUCUCUCAAGAAAUAUUCGUUCAGAUUCUUUCAAUGUUACUGGAUCAACAAUAUCAGUAGUAGAAGAUGGUUAUAGUGUAAUUAAACCAGGAGAUGAACAGGGGAUCAAACCACGAUCUGGAUCAGUAUCAUCUACAAACUCAACUUCAUCCAACAGAUCAGACCAUUCUAGAUCAAUUACAAGAGAUUCGGGUAUACUUGAAACAAGGAAUGAAAGUCUAGAGACAAAAUCAGACAGUUUACCAUUACGGACUGUUAGUAAUUCGUUCGAUAGUGGUUUCUCUAACGGUUCCUAUGAUGAAACUACUAAACGUAAAGGAAGUGAUGUCGAUAAAGCUAUAGCUGAAGAGACACCUGACGUUAAACCUGACCCCUCUAAUAUAUAUCAAGAACUAGAUUAUGCAAAAGUGCUAAAUGGACAAAUGGAGAACAGCGUUCCUGAAAAACGAAGCCGUAGACACUCUACGGGUGAUGUAGAGAAAGAUUCUGAUUAUGCUGAAUUAGAUUGUAGGAAAGGCGAAGAUGGUACGGGUAUUUUCAGUUCAACUGGUUUAACAGUACCACUUGACAUACCACCAGCACUCCCAGAUCGACCAGCAAGUCUGAGAUGGAGCCACAGUAUGAGAGCCAAACCUAAUUGGAAGAAACGUUUAUCAGCAUUACUAAUUUCAGGUCAAAGUCCUGGCCAUAGUCCAGAAAGAUGUGAAAGUCCGGUGAGUCAUCAGAAAUCCCCAGUGGACUCUCCAGUUCAAGACAAUAAUAUUGUGAGCAACCAUGCAGUCACAGCUGUUACUGAACCAACUAAUCAAAGUGGUUCUGAAGAAGAACAUUUAUAUCAAUCUAUACCAGAAGUAUUGGCAUCAUCACAGAAAAAAUUUGCCACACUUCCAACACGAUUUUCACCUAUUGAUCUAGAACCCAGUCAUGUUGCUUCAGAUAUUGUUUUGCCCACGGGAACAUUCAGUUUUGAUCAUGUUAUCAAUUCUAUAAACAGUAAAACACAUGAACUAAAAUUAUUAGAUACUAUCAAACCAGUUUCAAAACCUCACACUAAAUCAGAUCCUUUAAUAGACUUUUUCUUUAAAGAUGAUGGAUUUGAGAUACUCACAUCAUCAGCAGUAUCAACAUCGACACCUUCAGCACCUCAACUAAUCAUAGAACAAGUUCCCAUAACUAUUUCACCUGAUCAGCCUUCAGAAGGACAAAAACCUCUCAUGGAAUUUAGUAGUGAAGAAUCAUUGCCUGUGAUCUCUCCUACACCAGCUGCUGUUCUUCAAGAAGGGUUGUAUAUGGACAUGACCGCUCAGAAGAUGCCAAAAGUGGUUAUUAAUAGAGCUGAAAGUGUGGAAUAUAUCCCCCCUUCUGAAAUGAAAGCUGCUAUGUCUGAAGGCAAUUUAAUUGAUAUUUAG